AUGGAUCGCCUUACCUCCGCCCUCCGCAGCCUCCAGUCUAACUCGGAGUCGGUCACGAACGGGAUCUGUGGGAUUUUGGCGCUGGCCAGCGUCCGGCUAUACAGUGCCCUCAACUUUAGCUGCCCGUGUCUACCCGGCUACAACACUGCGUACGCGGCGGCGGUCCUCCUCCUACCCUGCGUCGCCCUCUUCAUCUGCGGCCUCAUGGUGAACCGACGCUGGCUUCUGCUGCUGCGGGAGUGGCGGAGGCCCGAAGGCAGUCGACCCAGGGACGGCAGUGCUCUGCUGUCGCUGCUGCUCGGAGUGGUGCGGAGCGCCGCGCUGCCUCCCGCCUCCUGGCUUAUCGUGGCUCUGCUCGAUGGCAAGUGCCUCGCCUGCGCCCUCGCUACCAGUCUGGAGCCCGGUCGCUUCGCCAAUGUUAGCAGCUACACUGCGGCCGAGCUGCGCGCCGCCCUGGCCCGGCUUCCCUGUAAGGACCUCGCCUCCGUGCUGCUGCCCGGGCACCCCCCCUUUUCCAGAAAGGCAGCCUACCGGUACCUGCGCACUGUCUCCCAGGCGGUGGGAUGGACCACCCUCUUCCUGCUGAUCCUGGCCGCAUUCCUCGCUCGCACCCUGAGGCCGUGCUCUCGACAAGUCAACCCACUGCGGAACUGGUACUGGGGUAACUAUCUCGAUCUGGAGGAGAAGAUCUUCGAGGAGAUGUGCUGCGAGCAUGCGCACACGUUCGCUCGGCGCUGCGUCCGCGAGUUCUUCGUCGGACCGGGACAGGAGGGAGCAGAAGGCCAGGAGAGUGCGAAGGGGACGGAGGGGGAGGCGGACUGGCCUCUACACGGCAUCACCAACAAAGAGCAGCUGAACCAGCUCCUUCUGCGAUGGGACAACUCCAGGCCCCCACUGGCCAUCCAGGACGAUGGCCGGCAGACCCCUGGGCACCCAGGGCUCUCUCAGGGCCCGUCGGGAAACGGUGCACGGCACACCCGGGUUUAA